AUGCCUUCUCUCUCUUCAACUGUUAAGGUUUCUUUAUUUUGGGAUGGAGAGAUUCUUUAUGAUAAUAAUGCUGUUCGUUAUAGUAAUAAAUCAAAAGCCCAUGCUAAGUUUCCACCUACAUUGGAUUACCAAACAUUACUCAAUGCCUUACACAGAAGAAUGAAAACUAAUCGUGAAUGUGAAUUAUUUGUAGUAGGCAGAUAUCCAACAACCAUUGCAGCACAAGGUUUAGUGCUUUAUGCAUCAAGUGAUAGCGAUGAAAUACCGAAUGCAGAGGAGUCCGACGAUGAUGAUGAUGAUGAUGAUGAGGUUGAUGUUAAUCCUCGUCGUCCUGAUGCCUUCGUUUACACCAGAGAAGAUGAUCCAAUUCGCCAUAAAUUGUGGAAAGAACCGGUCGAUCUUGUAAGGGAUCAAGUUCACCUUGCAAAAUGCAUGAUGUUCGAAUCCAAAAAGGCAUUGCAAAGGGCGGUCAAAAUUUAUAGCUACCAGGGAAUGAGGGAGUUUAAGGUUGAUGAUUCAACCCGAAAGAUCUUGAGACUGCAUGAUAGUAUGUGGAUUAUCACAAAAUUCUACCCACGUCACACUUGUGAUAUGGGAGAGAAUCAAGCAAACCAUUUUAAUUUAGAUACAAAUAUGAUUGCUCAAGUGCUACUUGUUCACGUUGCCGAAACCCCAAGGUAUUCCAUCAAAGAUUGCUUUAGAAACGUUAAGGAAACAUAUCGUAAAAUGAUAAGCAAGACAAAGGGCUAUCUCGGACGCAGGCGGGCUUUUGAGAUGAUUUAUGGUACAUGGGACGGCUCCUUCCAGCAGUUGCUGAGCUAUAUGGAAGCUCUACAGAAAUUCAAUCCUGGCACUGUUGUAGAGUGGAAGCUCGUUGCCAGUAAUAUUUUCAAUCUUGUGUUUUGGAGAUUCAAAUCAUGCAUUGAUGGUUUUGCUCAUUACCGGCCAGUCAUAUCCAUAGAUGGCACACAUGUGUACGGGGUAUACGAUAUCAAGCUACUGAUUGCAGUAGGGAUGGAUGCCAAUGAGUUGAUAUUUCCUCUUGCUUUCGUCAUUGCCGCUAACGAAAGCAACGACACAUGGAGGAUGCUUUUGACACAUUUGAGGCGAUAUGUUGUUAAGGAUCGUAUGGGCAUAUGUGUGCUAUCUAAUUGA